UUAACCCACUUCCAAGCGAGGCCCGUAUAUAGCUGCUGCCGACUCCCUCCCUGUGUCUGUCUCUCUCUACUUUUCUUUCUACACUCUCUCUCCGUCUUCACUUUUCUCCAUGGCCAACCCCUUCCUGAGUUUGACUUCACAUCGCGAAACUCACAUUGCUAGAAUGGGCAGAAUUAGGGUUUCCCAGACUCUUCCUUCAGCCCCUGAUCAACCCACACCCUCUGAUCUUCCAACUGCGAUGCUCAUUGAUGGAGAAGAAUUACAUAUUGGCGGAAUUGCAACGGUUGUAAACAAUGAAGCUUCGCCGGCUUCGUCGACGAAUGCAGAUACUGAAACUGAAAAGAAAAGCUGUAAAAAGAGGGAUUUGAGUGAAUACAAUUUGGAUGGCUUGAGUUGCCCUAUUUGUAUGGAGCCAUGGAAAUCCCAAGGCGAUCAUCAAGUUUGGAGUGAACAGUUGUUGCCAUCAGCUUCUGAUCAUUGAAUGAUGGGUAGUGGAGCUCCAAAUGUGAUGGAUGAAUGCCAUGUGCCCAAACCACCAGGCCAUAUCCCAAGAUUGUUGCUCCAUGGUGGUUUAAAUGGAUGAAUGCCUUCUUGACAUCACUCUCACCUAGAGAAGUCAACGAGGUAGAUAGGGACAACGA